UCCGGCCCCGAGCAAAGCGGCACCCACACCACGACGGGCACCGGCCACGGCACUGCCAUGGAUCCCAGCGUACGGGAACCCCUCGUGAGGAAGACAAGCUCCUCGUAUCGGACCUUCCCCGAGAGCGCUGGCAAGAGGCUCGACAAGGCGUACCUGCAGAGCCUCCGCAACAAGUGGCUCUACCUGGCCGUGUUUGCCGCUGUCCUGGGGAACUUCAAUUUUGGCUUUGCCCUGGUUUACCCCUCGCCCGUCAUCCCUGCCCUGGAGGCUCACCCCACCCCUGCACUGAGGCUGGACCAGCACACAGCAUCCUGGUUUGGGUCGGUGUUCACGCUGGGAGCGGCGGUGAUGGCCGGUGCCCAGGGGACAGGGAUGCUGCUGUUGGGCCGCGUGCUGACGGGCUACGCCGGCGGCGUGACGUCUGCAUCCAUCCCGGUCUACAUCUCGGAGAUCUCCCACCCCGGGGUCAGAGGCAUGCUGGGUGCUUGUCCUCAGAUCAUGGCAGUGCUGGGCUCCCUCGUCCUGUACGCACUGGGGCUGGUCCUGGACUGGCGCUGGCUGGCUGUCGCAGGGGAGGUGCCCGUGCUCACGAUGAUCAUCCUGCUCUGCUUCAUGCCCAACUCGCCCCGGUUCCUGCUCUCCCAGGGGAAGGAUGACGAGGCCCUGGGGUCGCUGUGCUGGCUGCGGGGCAAGGACACGGACUACGCCCGGGAGUAUGAGCAGAUCAAGGACAGUGUGAGGAAGCAGAGCCGGCGGAUUUCCUGUGCUGAGAUCAAGGACCCCUUCAUUUACAAGCCCAUCCUGAUCGCGGUGGGGAUGAGGUUCCUGCAGCAGCUCUCUGGUGUCACCUGUCUCCUCGUGUACCUGCAGUCAAUAUUCAAGAAAACAUCCGUCAUCCUGAAACCAGAGUACGACGCAGCUCUUGUUGGCUUGGUUCGUCUGUUCUCGGUGGCGGUCGCUGCUGUGUCAAUGGAUAAAGCUGGGCGGAAGAUUCUUCUUUUUGUAUCGGCUGGUGUCAUGUUGGUCUCCAGCCUGACUAUGGGGCUCUAUGUCCACUUUGUGCCAGCUUCUCAGAAUGGUACCAUUGCCAACAAGACCCUGGUGAGCUCUGCCAGCCUUCCCGCUGAGCCGACCAACUACAUCACCCUCAUCCCCCUCCUGGCAGCCAUGUUCUUCAUUAUGGGUUAUGCCAUGGGCUGGGGCCCCAUCACUUGGUUGCUGAUGUCGGAGAUCCUCCCUCUGAAAGCCCGCGGGGUAGCCUCAGGCCUCUGUGUCCUUGUGAGCUGGCUGACAGCCUUCACCCUGACCCAGUUCUUCCUCCGCGUCGUGGAAGCCUUCGGCCUCGAGGUGCCCUUCCUAUUCUUUGCUGUCAUCUGCGCUGGGAACAUCUUAUUCACAGGCUGUUGCGUUCCAGAAACCAAAGGCAGAUCCCUGGAACAGAUAGAGGCCUUCUUCAGGACUGGCCGGAGGUCAUUCAUGAGGUAGGAGCUGUCAUCUGCCAGCCGUGCCAGGCCACCAGUCCACAUGCUCAAGGGCAACAAAGAAAAUGGUUGUGCUGCUGGAGGUAGAGGCUGGAGCUCUCCGUGAAGGCAAUGGGAGAGGAACGGGCGGCAAUGACCCUCUUGCUUUGGAUGUAGAAGUUGCUAACUGGAACUUUACCCUCUCUUCCUGUCAUUCAACACUACCUGUUGCUCUCUGGACAACGUGUCAACCAGAGGUAUGGGACCAGGUAACCAGCACCAGGCUGGAGAUAAAGACAGCCUGGAAAAUAGACCAUGUGGCAGCUGUGGACAAGAGACCAUGCAUGUCCUUCGCUCAGCAGCCAC